AUGGCCGCAUACGAAGGGGAUGGUGAUCCCCUCAGCCACCUUGACAAAUACACAUCGUGGAUAGAACUACAGGGUGCAAGCAACGCAAUUAUGUGUCGGGCAUUCUCCCUGACUCUGGGAGACAAAGUCCAGAGAUGGUUUAGGAGACUACACCAGAGAUUCAACAAGCAAUCCAUGGAAGUGGAAAAAAUAUCUGACAAUGCGGCACUCAUGGCUGUAUUAACAAGACUAAGGCCCAGAACAAGAUUUUGGUGGUCAUUGCACAAGGACGGUUCAAGAACUUAUCACGAGUUCCUGAACCGAGCGGAGAAAUACAUAAGUGCUAAAGAAGCGACCUCUGACCAAGAGGAAGCCAGAUGCGAACCCGACCUCAGCAAUAUAGUGAAGGAGAAAAAACAAAAUUGCAGUCCUCAGCCCGAAAGAAAGAAGGACAGGAGAGAAAGAGAACGUCCUAAGACUCAGUCAUACAAAUUUUGGGAGUACCAACCAUUCAAAGCCUCCCUGGAAGAAGUAUUCACACAAGCCAAUGAAAAAGAGGCAUUUCGCAAACCUAUGAUCAUGAAGGAUAGACAGACAGGAUACCAUCAGGGACGAUAUUGUCGAUAUCACAAGAUGGUGGGCCAUGACACUGAUAACUGCCGAGGAUUAAAAGAAGAAGUUGAGUCCUUAAUUCAAAGAGGUCCUUAA